UAACAAACACGAGCGGUUAACUCUUAGUUUCUUAAUUAAACUCGAACGGAACAGUAGUGAAAUGAGCCAAAAAGUGAUACAAUACAUUGGGCGCACCACAGACUUCCGCGGCAACACGCUUUGGGAGUUGGUGGCCAACCUGCCCAAUUGGGGAGUCGGUCGCAUGUUGAUACGUAAUAUGUUUCAGCGCUACCCGGAGCCAUGCUUCAUGCGAAUUCUAAAGGUGCAGGCAGUGGAUGAGAAACCGGGUGAGGAACGCAAGGUGCGCGUGACAGUGGAGAAAACCUGGCGAGGUGUGACACAACCAAAGCCAGUGGAGAUUUACAGCACCAGCUACAAAGCAGACUAUGAACUGGUGCCCGUCGAGGAGGAGCAAAAGUUUCUGAAGAACACGAAAAAGGUCGGUGAAGUCAUAUUGCCGAAUAAGAUUGAGUUUCCGCCGCUCUUGCGUGAAUACAUUCGUGAGGAGACGGGCGAGUCCAAUCCCCUCAUGAAUGUACACUUCAAGAAAACGUAUAACAAGCAGGCGCGGAUCGCCGCGGAGGGUGAGCAACCGACAGUGCAACUUGGUAUGAGUUUGAGCAAACCACCAGAAGUCAGCGCAAAACUCUACGAAGGUCUAUUAUAAGCCAAAUCCUCGCAUGCCUUGUUAACAUAUUGAUGUUUUAAUAUACAAGUAAUACACAAAUACAUGAUUCACCUUAAACACAA